AUGACGCAAGCCCAGCGGGUCCUGAUGCUGCCCUUCCACAACGCCUAUUCUACCCGGCUGAAGGAGGGCAACAGCUCGCUCCUGAUAUCAACACAGGGACCCCGGGCCACCACCAAAAAGCGUACGAUGGCGGAGACGAGUGACUCGGAGCUCAGCUUCAGCGACGACUCGGACGACGGCGAAGCGACAACACGGCGGACCACUCGCUCAAGCGCCCAGGGCUCGGCCGCUCACACCAACGGGCCACACACCAGUCAGUCGGCUGGAGCCAAUGUGCUGCGAAAUCUGAUGCGCAAGACACGACAUCGAUAUUUGCAUCGACGAGAGUCCGAGCACAUUGCCACUGUCGAGGAGAUCUUGGUGCCGAUCCGUAUCGAGCUCGAGCUAGACGGCUUCCGAAUCCGCGACUCGUUUACAUGGAACUUGAAUGAGAAACUCAUGACGCCGGACCACUUUGCCGAGCUAUUCUGUGACGACUUGGAUCUUCCCGCGAACGUAUACGCCCGCCAGAUCUCAACCAGCAUUCGACAACAACUCUCCGAGUACGCUAGCUCACACGAGAUUCCGCUGAACUUUGGCGAAGACUCGAGAGUCGCCAUCCAGCUCGACAUUCUUGUUGGCAACGUGCAGCUGAGGGAUCAGUUCGAAUGGGAUGUGGCCUCCCCUUUGACGCCCGAGGAGUUUGCAAAGGGCUUGGCAAGCGACCUUGGAUUAGGAGGAGAGUUUGUUACCAUCAUCGCUCAUAGUAUCCACGAACAACUGCAGCAGACACGGAUGUCGUUCCUGGAGCAGUCGUUCCGGUCAUCGCCAUCACUGCUAAGAGUGAUUCGGGACGACAAGGACGCGGACGAGUGGACACCAUAUAUUGACGUUUUGACGCCCGACGAGAUCGAAAGGAACUUGAUUCUGGCCGAGCGGACCUCGAGACGCUUGAGACGAUCCAACAUGAUCAGCCUCGGCAAGCGAAUCCGACCAUCGCGAUACUAG